AUGCAGUCGAGGUCGCGGGGCGCCCGGAAGCAGAAGAGGCAGAACGACGACGAAGAAAUUCGAGAGCUGGAGGAGAGGGCCAAGCAACUCGUUAGCAGCCAGGCGGACGCCAAGGGCAAAGGGAAGCAGGUCAAGGAUCUCGUCAAGUUUGACGAGCUACCCCUGUCCAAGAAGACUGUGCAAGGAUUGAAGAAGGCAUCGUUUACGGAAAUGACCGAUAUCCAGGCAAGAACGCUGCCCCUGUCCCUCAGCGGCUCGGAUAUCCUCGGAGCCGCACGUACAGGAUCAGGAAAGACGCUGGCAUUCGUGAUCCCAGUUCUUGAGCGUCUCCAUCGGCAGAAGUGGGGACCCUCGGACGGCUUGGGAGCCCUAAUCUUGUCGCCCACUCGAGAGCUGGCUAUGCAGAUCUUCGAUGUCCUUCGCAAGAUCGGGGGGUUCCAUACCUUCAGCGCAGGCCUCGUUAUUGGCGGAAAGGACGUGAAGAUGGAGCAGGAUCGCUUGACUCGGAUGAAUAUCCUCGUUGCGACACCUGGAAGGUUGCUUCAGCACAUGGACCAAACGACUGGCUUCGACGCUAGCACGAUUCAGGUCCUGGUUCUGGAUGAGGCCGAUCGAUGCCUUGACAUGGGGUUCGAAAACACCCUCGAUGCCAUACUCGAGAACCUACCAAAAGGCACGGGAAGGCAGACACUCCUUUUCUCGGCCACGCAAACGAAGAGGGUCAAGGAUUUGGCAAGGCUCAGCCUUGCUUCGCCGGAAUACGUUGCCGUCCGAGACGAGGCAGAGAAGGGCCUGACGCCAGCCAAUCUGCAGCAAAAUUACAUGGUCGUCAAGCUGGACAGCAAGCUGUCAACGCUCUUCUCCUUUCUUCGGACGCAUUUGUCAUCGAAGGUCCUCGUUUUUCUCUCGUCUUGUCGACAGGUCCAAUUCGUCCACGAAAGCUUCCGAAGAAUGAGGCCGGGUAUCUCGCUGAUUUGCUUGCAUGGCAAGCAGAAACAGACGAAGCGGCUGCAGAUCUUCAAUGACUUCACCAAAGCUCAACACGCUGUCCUCUUCGCGACCGACAUUGCUGCCAGAGGCCUCGACUUUCCAAGCGUAGAUUGGGUCAUUCAGGUGGAUGCGCCCGAGGACGAGGACACUUACGUCCAUCGUGUCGGAAGGACGGCGCGAUACCGUAGCAAAGGCAACGCGUUGCUUUUCGUCUUGCCGAAUGAAGAGGAAGGCGUGCUUAGUCGGCUCCAGCGUAAGGGUAUCGAAGUGGAGAAGAUCAAGGCAAAGGAGAGCAAAAUCCAAGACAUUUCGAACCAGCUCCAAGCCUUUCUCUUCCAGGACCCCGAACUCAAAUACCUGGGACAGAAGGCAUUCGUCUCGUAUGUUCGAUCGGUUCACUUGCAGCGUGACAAGACGACGUUCGAUGUGCUUGCCCUACCGCUCGAACCCUAUGCUCAGUCGCUGGGCCUGGCCGGUGCACCAAAGGUCAAAUUCGUCAAAGAAGCCUCAGCGGCCAAAAAGAAGGCGGAGAAGAUGCUAGCUGCAGAGUCCAGAAGGGCAGUGGCUGAAUCUCCAGCUAAUGUUGAAGAUGGAAGUGCAGAAAAGGGCGGGGCCGACAAGGUCAAGACCAAGUACGAUCGAAUGUUCGAGCGUCGGAAUCAAGGCGUUCUGAGCGAGCACUACGGCCGCUUGCUUGCUGAAGAUAUAGACGACGAAGCAGACGACGACGAUGAAGAAGAAGAUGACGAUGAAGAAGGGGAAGAAGAGGAUGAUUUGCUGGGCGAGGCUGAGAAGCAAGGCGACGAGGACGACAAUGACGGCUUCAUGACACUCAAACGUGCCGAUCAUGCCCUUUCAGGUGACGAAGAGGAAGAGGGCGACGAAGACAAUGACGGCGAAAAGCCCACAGACUUGGACAAGGCCAAAGCGCUCAUACGCGAUGCCAAGUUUGUAGAGGACGAGGCGCAUCUCUCGAAGCGAAAGCUGGCUCUGGGCAAGUCGAAGAAGAAGAUGGCUGCAAGCGGGAUGCGGGGCCAGGGAGAGAAGCUCAUGUUCGAUGAAGAUGGGAAGCCGAGAAAAGUGUACGAGCUCAAGGGAGAAGAGGAAUUCAAGGGUGAAGGCGACGCAGACGAGAUGGCAAGGAAAUUCAGAGAAGAAGAGGCGGAGCGGUUGAAGGAAAUGGACAAGGUCGACAAGGAGAGAGUAAGGGAGAGAAGAAGAGAGAAGAAGAGGAAAGAAAAAGAGGGCAGAAGGGCAGGGCAGAAGAGAGAAAGGCAGGACGACGAUGAGGAAGGCGGAGUCGAGCUAGCUGAUUUUGACGACGAUGACGGGUACGAGACGCCAGACUUUGUGCUGCCGGAAGAUCGCCGCUCAGUGGCUUCAGAUGAUGAAGACGAGCCGAGGGAGGAGCAAAGGCCAGCGAAGAGGAAGCGGACUUCGAUCACGGAGCGAGGCCCAACGACGCUAGAGAACGAUGAAGAGCUGGCACUGCGACUUUUGGGCUCCACGUAA